UAAAGUGCACGUUUAUUUCUCAUAAUGCGAUCUCCAAUGUCACGUGACCUAUAAAAGAAACAGCCCCAAAAUUUCUUCUGCUUUAACCACUUGCUGAACCCGAAAUUUCUCCGUGUUUCUCACCCUCCAAACAGCACUGAAAAGAGAAAAAAACAUUAGAAAAAAAGAUUGUAAAAUGAGAAAAGGAGGGCCAAGAAGGGACGGGAACUACACAAAUCCAUGUUUGACGAUGCACCAGCCAUGGGCUUCAUUGUUAGUUCAUGGGAUCAAACGAAUUGAAGGCAGGUCUUGGCCUGCUCCAAUCAGAGGCCGCCUUUGGAUACAUGCUGCCGGUAAAGUCCCAGAUGAAGCUACAAUUAAAGCAAUGGAGGAUUUCUAUAGGGAAAUUUAUGCAGUGAAUGGAAUUACUGAUCUUAAGUUUCCAGAACAUUACCCUGUUUCAAGACUGCUAGGGUGUGUUGAAGUGGUUGGCUGUUUGAGAUGUGAAGAAUUAGGUCAAUGGGAGGUGCUACCUGAAGGGGUUAGGCUAGAAGGACAAACGGAUUUUUGCUGGCUCUGUGAACAACCAAAGAAAUUAUUAAUCCCAUUUGAGAUGCGAGGGUUCCAACGCGUUUAUAAUUUGGAAAAGAAGAUAUAUGAGGCUGCUGUUAGAGGUCUUGUCCCGGUUGAAGGUCCAGCACCAGUAAAAUUUCCGCUACCAAAUCUGAGAGAUCCCUUUUUCCUUAAGCCAGGAUCCAUUUUUGUGUCCUUUCCUGAUUCAAAAGCAUCUGCUGUUGAGAAAUCAUCUAGUCUCAGUGCAGCGAUAGCUGGUGCACGAGCAGCAGCUACGCAGUUUUCAAAGGACCCAAAUCUUCAUAAAAGUACCAUCCAGAAGAGUACACCUGUUUCAACAUCAAGUAAGUACGACAUACUUGUAGAAGACAAUGGAAUGCCUGAUAGUAACUUAAAUGACGAAUAUAAAGCAAAUUCAGCCUCCAAUCCAUGCGGCUACUUUGAGGAAGAGAGAAGCUGUAGUCACAGUCAAUCUCCUGCAUAUCUGAAACAGCAUCCUGGUGCCCCUUCCAAGAUUUUUGCUGCCGCAUUAAGGGGGCUGAAGCCAUCAUGAAUAUCAACUGAUUUUUAGGGCAACGAGCUUGUAUAUAUAACCACACUUGGGUGGCGUAAUGAUUUCUGUAGAAAUCCAAGUAUAGCUCUUGAAGCAGGCAAACAGGGGUGGAUUGCUUUUUCUUUCCCUUUCUCAUAUUCUUCUCCGUCUGUAUCAAUAACUAAAUUCUCCAUGGAUGUCUUGUUCUAGGGCCUUGAUAAUGAUAAUUGUUGUACUAAAAAUAAUAUAUGUGCUGAAUUUUCCUGGAUUAUUGUAAUUUAUAAAACUCUGAUCAAGUCCAUGGAAAUAGAAUGUCUGAGAUCCAUAUGUGGGUGUUUUAGCCUGCUUGAUGAAGUUCAAUUUUGAUA